UAUUGAUUCCAGGGGCGUGAGCAGAAAAGUUUCGAGAGGGGAUUUCAACAUAAGAGCUAACUAUAUGGUUAAAGUGUGACUCAGGAUGGUGUCGAGACGAAAAAUACUUUCCCGAUCGAGGGACAACCUGGCGGACACACAGUAUGAAGAACAGGAAGAAGAGGACGUCUGGUAUAAUUUAGACAAGUUGUUUAAGGAUCACAUACAAGAAGUUUUAGAUAAAUGGAAUCAAAUAGAUGAUGAAAUAUGGGCGAAAGUAAUUGUCUUUGAAAGAAACAGAAGGGUAGCGAAAGCAUAUGCGAGAGCACCUGUCCUCACUGUAAAUGGGUCAAACGAUGGCUUCGACGGUUUCAGGAUAGGACUCUGUGGAUUUGACAAUCCCAUGAGGGAUGCAAAAACAGACGAGGCCAAAAGGCAUAUAAAUCAGGGAGUAAAAAUAAAAAUGGACGAGCAAGGUAACAUCCUCAUAAAAAGGUUGUGCAAAAGUAACGUCUACGUUAGAGCCACAAAGCAAGAUGACAACGCAAUUGGUUCAGAAAUUUUACGAAAUCCUCAAGGUGCUCUAGAACAUGAAAAACCGGGAAAGUUGUUUGAUAUGAAUAAGUUUCAAACAAAUUUAGCCCGAGAGACGAGAAGAGCAUAUCCAGAUAGACGAAGACUGGAAACACAAUGUCUCAGCGCCAUAGUUUUCGUUCUUUCAGAAAACGAUGUGUUGCAAUCUCCAAUUUGGAUCCUCAUUGUCAAUGUUGUUGGAUUGGAUAUGUUGAAGUCAAAACUACCACCAGUAAUGGCGAUGCAGAGGCCCGUAGACAUUAAGAAUCGACCUAGAAUUCCAAUUCCGGAUGAGGAUCCCUACAGCGUGGCAGGGAUAUCCUCAUCCUCAGGACCAAGUGACACCUUACAAACCAGUAGAGAUUCCCGGGAACAAAUUUACGUUCAAUCGGGUUAUCAGCAGCGGCGAACCGAAAAACCUCCUAAGCUUCCUCCAAGAGAAAAUCUCUAUGGCCAUGACAUUCCCAAGCCCGACUAUGACGACCUUGAGGAUGAUUAUCGAAAUUCAGUGAGACCACCAGUAAUAUCUAAUGGCGAGAAGAAGAGUAAAAAGGAUGACAAUAAAAAAUACGACGAUCCUUACUAUUGUGGUUUGAGAGCGCGAGUUCCUAAUUUUGUAAAAAUGGCAAAGAAUGGUCACGCUAAACAUACGAUAAUAACUUCUCCUUAUGGACAUGCUAGACCACAACAAGCACCAACUUACAUUGCCACUGGAUAUGUUCAUGCACAUUCUGGUCAAAUAUAUGGACAUCAUGUUCCAAUUCCAGAAAAAUACCAGAAAAAACCCUCGAUCAUGUACCAUGCCAGAAGUAUGGAAAGCGGUCUCGGUACAUAUAGACGAGCGAAUUGAGUCUCCCUACAAUCACAUUUAUGGCCGAUUACCGAUUCCAACGCGUGGCGUGAUACCUCCCGCACCUCGCGCCAUGUACAUCGGAGAAUGGGACUAAAUUUUAAGUUAAUAUCUCAGCGUAUUUGUAUUUAAAGCCUGUAUAUUGUUAAUAUACCACAUAAAUACUCAUAUUUUUUAUGCCAGCACCAGAGUCGUUCUUAAUUUUUUUUCUUAUUUUUUUUAUUAUAAUAAUUAUAGGCAAUUAAUGUUAAACUUUUAAUAAUAAAUCAGAUGUAAGUAUGUAUAGGUCCAUCUCGAUAAGAAUUACAAAUAUAAAACAAUGUUUCUAAUAAUCAUUGACUCUAGGAUCUUACACUGUAAAAGCUACGCCUACACUUAGUACCAUCGAGAAUAUUGUAAGCAAUAAUACAUUUAUAAAAUGAUCUUUUUUGCGAGCGAACGUGAUGUAAAAAAAUUUUUGAAGGCUAGUGCUACGUUGGUAAAAAAUUCCAUGAGAUUUCAUUGAAUUGUGUAUCCUUAGAGAAUGAAGAGAAACACUAGAAACGGUUACAUUUUUGUAAACGAACUUUUUUUAUAUAUAAAAAAAAUCGAUUUAUCAAGCGAUUUUAAAAUGUGUACAUACUACAUAAAAAAAAUAGUUGAUAAUUAUUAA